AUGGACACGCUCAGGAUGGCUCUUAGAGCCGCGAUCCCGCUGUUGACGAAAGUGGGCAUGUUUGAGCUAUUUCCGCCGGAGGAGUGGAUACAAGGGGAUAAUGAAGGGCGAAAGCUGUUUGACCUUAAUAACUUGUGGAGAGUUUUGCUAGAGUUAUGUAAUGAGUUGAUCACUGCCUUCAAUGCCGGUUGUCUCUUGCAAAAAUGCCAGACUCUAAUCUGCGCAGCCGCCAAUAUCGAUCAAAUGCAUUUCGCCGUAAUGGGUCAUUGCAAUCCACCGAUGACGAAGAAUUCGGCUGGAGGCUUGACCAAGUCUGCCCGAGAGCCACGAGGGAGAAACAGCCAGUCAAUUGCAAGCUCUCCAAGCUCAGUAGCAGCCAUAGAGAGCGCUCUUCCAAGCCAAAAUACUACGUUGGAGCUGCCCUCUGCUUCUCCUGGAUACUUGGGCUCGACAAGCUACUCAGCCAUUCUUGCGGAGCAUCGAUCCGAUUUCUCUCUCAAUGUAGAUAGCAGCUCCAUGUCCACCGCAGCGACCCAUUCUAUGGAACCCGAACGCCUCCAGACUGGAGUGCGGUUGCUAAAGCUACUUCAUAACCUCACAAUAUGCGAUAUGUUGAUCCGGAGAUAUUAUACCCGAGUCCUUGUUGCUGUCAUUCCAGAGAUCGUCACAAUGUCUAUUGUACGCUCCGCUCGGAAUAUUCUCGGGGCCCUUGAUUUCACCGGGGAUGUCGAAAAUCAGCUUCAACACACAGUUCGUAAGGUGUCGCAGAAUACUUCCAGGCCGCUGCCAAACUAUAGGUCGAUGACAGUGGAGCGAUAUUGUGCUUCGUUUACCGAGCAAAAUUUACGUUGGGAAGCUAUAGGCAUUAUAUUCGCAACUGCUGGUAUAUCGCUCUCAUCGACGCCCGAGAGUGACCCAGAUCUAAACCAGGUGGCGGCGGACACCUCAGCCCGGGAGAGACUUCGCGCUCAGCUUGUCGAAGCGAGCAGCACCUGUCUCACCUUUUGCGACCAGGCUUCUUCAGUCAAUGAGCUAUUGGGAUUUUGCCAGUAUAGCAGCUUUGUACUUCUCACCCAUGUCUACGGUGACUCAAGCUAUCAAGCCUGGCGUCGCCUUCGUGAAUUAUCCGCUACAAUCUAUGCGGCUGGUCUUCAUCAGGAGAGUCUUAUGGGCGAUGAUUGCCCUUUCUUUCUUCGACAAUGGAGAAGAUUGUGCUUUGCUGCUGCCUUCUCGGCAGAUAAGAAUCAAGCCACAUUCGUGGGACGACCGCCAUCCAUAAACUACCGCUACAGCACACUAACACCCCCGCUGGAUAUUAGCGAAAGAACGAUAGUCCAGGGUGGGGAUGAGCUAGUCGCGGCAAUUUCAAGAUUGGAUGGCUUCGGAUGGGCAUCCAAAGAUGAGGUCGACCGAGCAAGUGUGCUCCGUCUCCGUUUCAUCUUCGCCGUGUUCAGGGAGCGAGCUCUCGAGAUAGCCUUAGGGACCAGCGAGCACAGUGAUACGGUGCAGAAAUCCAAUGAAAUUAUAAAGCAAGCGCAGGAGUCAUGGGUAGCGUGCCCCGUCCGUCUCCGUUACGACGUGCCUGCGGAAGGAACCGAGUCGGAACCUCCAGCAAAGUCGUUUACCCUGCUUCAUAUUCACCUCGACUAUCUUUAUACCCUGUUCCUUCUGCAGAGGACUGUUGUUAAACGCACAAAUACUGGGCAUGAGGCUCUUUUCGAUACGUCACGAAAAAUGUUGUCUAAUAUUAUCAAAGGCAACGUUGACAGUGACCCAGCCCUCGACUUGAGUAGACAUCGUGCUUGGAUUUUUCUUUACUACGGCCUCCCCAGUGCCAGCGUUCUCAUCCUCGAGCUCCUUCACCAGAAUCAGGGAAUUGGUACAUACACUACUGCGUUACCGCGAGCUGAAAUCAUCCGGAAUCUGAGUGUUUUCAUAUCAUGCCUCUCCUGGGUAGCGCGACCGGGGCAUGGCAAUUACCACACGUGCAAGGAAGCGGAGAGGAAGUUGUCCCAUAUUCUCGACCAGGUUCUUGAUCCUCAGCCCAUCGAGGACAUGGCUUUGAACGAUGCGACCUCUGGCCUGUACAGUCUCCUGGACUGGUACCAUCCCAGCAACCCCAACAACUGGGACUUCAAUUCCGAGUAUCUACCUUUGCAAGACUGA